AUGGAUGCAACACUCCUCAACAAUGAACCACCCACAAUAUAUCGUCAGGAGCCCAGCCACGAGGUUGAUGUAGCAUGGGCGGCCUUGUAUGAUACGCGACCGAUUGUUCUGACCCGCGAACAGGUCCUAGAUAUAGGUAAGGAUCCGGGCGAAGCAGUCCAGAUCCCUUCGAGUUGGGGUUUGGGAGAUGACAGGUACUUUGGCCGCAUCGAUGCUUUCCACCAGAUGCAUUGCUUGGAUGCACUAAGACGUGAGGCUCGCUUUGAUCACUACUAUGGCGCAAAAUAUCCUGGCGGUUUCAACACAACGACAGAAAUGCAUCGCCUACACCUUUCUCACUGUGUAUGGCUGCUGGCUCAAAACAUAAUGUGCUCCGCCAACACAGAUGUCUAUACGCACAUAUGGACCGACACAUUGGAUCAUGCAUUUCCUGAUUUCAAUAUAGAGCACAAAUGCAAGAACUAUGAUGCUGUCUUGGCAUGGCAGCAAAAGAAUGCGCUAGAUGAGGAUAAUUUCGUGGCGUUAAGGAGGCCUGAGGGGUAUCCGUACCGUACCAUGACACACAAGUUCAAAGAAAUUCAUGGCUGGUUUUUGCAACACGAAGAUGAACAAGACUUUGAAUCUGGCGAGAUUGCCUGA